GUUCCUCAAAGCAGGGUCUCCCCUGCCAUACCAUGUCCACAAAGGCUCGUGGUUUCAGUGGCUGUGACCAGCUGGCCACAGCUGACUCCCUCUGGGACGUGCUAUUUCUAAAUAUUAGUUCAUGCUGUUAACCCUUGCUGUGCUGUCCUGAUGAACACUGACCACUUGCAGAGACCUCUGGGAGGAGGGGCUGAUGGGGCCCAGCUAGGUGGAAAAUCUCUUUCACCAUGAAACUGUCCAAGGGGUCCGGGAGCUGUGUGUUCUAUGCACACCACCCAGAGAAGCAGGAAGAGGUGCCUUCACGGAGGGAAAUAAGGCAGACCCCUGUUGUCAUGGCCACAAUCAAAGGUCCAGGGCCUGCCAAGUACCUCCGGGCAUCCUGUACUGGCUACAUAGCCCACGACACCUCUAUGUUCCAGGAGCCAGCUUACAGCCUGCACAGACGGCACACUGAUAAACGGAUCAUAGAUACAUACAGCCCCGGACCUUGCUAUUUGUUGGAUUCCAAAGUAACUCGUUUUGGAAUGUCUACCUGCCCCCAGGUCCCCAUGGAGGAGCGCAUCUCCAACAUACGGUAUACCACCACCCCAGGCCCCUGCCACUACAGCGUUGAGAAGAUUCAGCCCCCUGGGGAACGUACUGUUCCCCGUUACACGUUUGGCUGCCGGUGUCCAUAUAGAGUGAUGGAUCCCAACCCGGCUCCCAACCAGUACAAGCUUCCAUUCUCACUGGGGUCCAACACCCCAGUCUUCCGAGAUGCUCCCUGCCAUAGUCUGGGUUCUUCAAAAAAGAAUUGGUUCUACAAAGAGAAUAUAGCAGGAGGUCCUGGACCUGCUGUGUAUACCCGACCUGAGCCAUCUGUCUACCAGAACCGCAGCCCUGUGUUCAGCAUGGCCAAGCGCUUUGCCUAUCCACUGGACCACACACUUAGGCCUGGCCCUGGCUCCCACAACGUUCAGCAAGUCACUUUGCAUAAGCCCCGCAUACCUGCCUUCACCAUGGGCAUCAAACACUCGCCCCACCUGUGCCCACUAAUUGUGGACAUUCGUGACUGAGGCCAUUGCUGGUACAUGCUCUUCCUUCCUCACAGAUGCUAUUUGUUUCUAUGUAUGUCACAUUGAGCAACCUGAUCAUAGAUUCCUAUAGCAGAGCUGGUACCUGCUGAGUGAUCAGCACACAGAGGCAUUAUAUAAAUAUUUUUGUUUAUUCAUUCAUUUGCUUCCUCUGGGCCCUGCUCUGGGUGAGGGCCUGGGGAUCGUUGGUACAGAUAUUCAUGGUAAAUACAUGGGGUUUGAUACUGGUCACUAGGGGAAGCAGCUGUGUGAGCUCCAGGGAACCUGAGCAGGCCUACUUUAGAGUGGCCACUGACAAGCUGUGUGGCCUUUUCCUGCACUUUCCUGGGUCUCACAGUCCCUUUCCAAUAGUACCAGGAUAGCACUGAAUGAAGUUUAAAUUCCCCCCAGUUCCAGGGCUGUAUCUCUGGUUCCUGGCAGUGGUCCGUCCUCAAGAUAGGAGUAGAGAAGCCAGGACAUGGGCAGAAAUGGGCGGGGUCAUCUUGGUUUGGGCUCAGGAAAGUCAGGCUCCUGGAGAAGGACCUAAAUGGACAUGUGGAGACUGUUGGGGACAGGUAGAAGUAGUGACAGCAUGCAGGGUGACCAAAGGGUACAAGCCGAGGGGAAGAUCUAGCAAGGAGCUCCAGCUGUACCCUGAGGGCUUUAGCUAGAUAGGACACAGUGGUUUUGUUGUUUGUUUUAUAGCCCAAGUUGUCCUCAGCCUUCCAAGUGUGGGAUUAGCACACAACUACACCCAGUGAAGACAGUACUUCCGGAAGACUUUGAGCAGUUAGAGAAAGCUGGCCAGCAUGGGAAGCGCUAGAGGUUGUGGUCAGCCUGUGGGCUACUGGGAGGGGGUCUGAGUGUCACAUGCUGUCAUUGGAGAGUCAUUUGCUAUAUCCACAAUCUCAGCAGCUCAGCUUGGCAGAGAACUUCAGUGUGACCAGGGGAGGGCAGCACUGCCUCAGUCCUCAGGGCCAGGCCCGGCUCCACCUGCUUUUGGGUGGUUGGUAGGUACCUGUUGGUGGGAGCCUUCCAAGCAGGCAUUUGCCAUUCUUUGACUCUUGAUUCUUACCCUUCAAGAGCCCACUGGCUCAGCCAGACGGGGGCAUUCAGAACCAGAGCCAGUGUCUGAAAGCUCGUCCCCUCUUUAUUUUAUUUUAUUGUCAGUGUCUCUCUUUGUAAGCCUGGCUUUACUGGAACUCUCCAUGUAGAUCUGGCUGGCAUUGAACUCAUGUACAUCUGCCUGCCUCUGAGACUAAAGGUGCAUGCCACCACGCCCAACUCCCCCUCUUAUUUUAGAACAGGCUGGUUUUAAACUUGCAGCCCAGGCAGGCCUUGAACUCAGGAUCCUCCUGCAUCAGCCUUCAGAGUAACUUAGAGCUUCAGGUUCUAAGUCUACACCACUAGACUUCCCAAAUGAUUUAUCCUUGUAAGAGCAAGAAGUAUGCAGGAUUUUUAAAAAACUGUCUUUUGUGUGCUAGGUGUUCAUGUGUAUGCACACACGUGUGUAUGGGUACACAUAUGUGUGCAUCUGGAGGCCAGAGUCAACAUUAAGAGUCUGCCUCUGGGCUGGAGAGAUGGCUCAGAGGUUAAGAGCACCGACUGCUCUUCCAAAAGUCCUGAGUUCAAUUCCCAGCAACCACAUGGAGGCUCACAACCACCCGUAAUGAGAUCUGGUGCCCUCUUCUGGUGUGCAGAUACACAUGGAGGCAGAAUGUUGUAUACAUAACAAAUAAAUAAAAUCUUAAAAAAAAAAGAGUCUGCCUCAAUUCCUCUCCACUUU